CUGACGUCUCGUUCAGUGUGAAGUAAGCGGCGCAUUUUCGGCAGGCGGCCGAGGAAAAAGUUUAUAUUUUCCCACCGCGAUUUUCUUGCAAUUUCCCCGCAAAUGUCUGACCAUUUGGACUCGGAGAGUAAACUAUGGACUGACGAUUUGCAGGUGUGCACACAAACAGGCGCCGGUUUCGCCACCAAUCAGCAAUAUCGCGAGGACGGAGCCAGAAACAAUGAAGCUUCCUUCAAGUUUCGCGACAGAAGCUUUCACAUCAAGGUCGAUGAAAAUACAUGCUUGUAUGCCAUUUGCUCAGGACACAAUGGUUCCAAAGUGGCGCAUCUCGCCAUACAGAAGAUCGCGGCUGAAAUCGCCUUUGGCGGCCUCAGCGGGAAGACGAAUGAGGAGGAGGUGAAGGAAGUGCUCAGGCAGACGUUCAUCACCGUGGAGAAGACAUAUCUGGAGACAAUUGACACGCUGUUGGCCAGGAAGGCCAUUCGUCAGUACGAGAUCCCCGAGGGAAUCAGUCAGUAUGAAAUAUCGCAGAAGUAUCAGGAUAUUCUGGAUGAGCUGAAGCAGAUCAAUGAGGAAUUGUCGGUGGGAACGAGUGUCGUGAUUGCCCUUAUCUGCCACGGGAAGCUCUACAUUGCGAAUGUGGGCAAUUGCCGGGCUCUGCUCUGCAAGAGUGACACAAACAAUGUCCUGCGUGUUGUGCAACUGAGUGUCGAUCACAAUCUCUACAAUGAGGAUGAGAUUCUGAGGCUUUGUCAGCUCGGUCUGGACACUCAAUCCCUCCGACAGGCGCCACUGAACUGCACCCGAUGCAUCGGCAGCUAUAUGAACAAGACUGGCUAUCGGGAUUGUGACUUUCUGUCCGGCGCCACGGCAGAGCCAGUUAUCUCACAGCCGGAAAUUGUGGGCGCAAUUCCCGUGGACGAGACCUGCAGCUUCCUGAUUCUCAUGUCUGGCGGAAUGUGCAAGACACUGCAGGAGAUCUUCUCCAUGGAGAUCAGUCAGGUGAACAAGGAGAUGAUCCAAAUGGCUGUGGAGCAAUUCCGCUCGCAAUCCACGCUGGCCGGCGUGGCGCAGUCGAUGGUGCACAAGAUCGUUCAGUUCCAUCAUGAUCUCUACAUUGAGCACGUGCAGGAGCGCAGGGAUGAGGAGAUGCCGCUGCCCUUCACACGACGCGACGAUAUCACACUGUUGAUAAGGAACUUCAACUUUGUCAUGCCGAAGUCGAGCAAAAGAGGCGCCGUGAGAUUCAAUUCCAUCGUGCGCGAGCAUCCAGCCAACAAUUCCAUCGUCUUCUCAGACACAAACACCUUGUCCAGUACAAACACUUCGCAGUACAUCAACACCAACAGCUCCACAUCCUCGUAUUCCGACACAAACAGUCGCUACAGGAGAGAUCAGCAGAAGAUCACGCCAUAUGUGGACUUCACCGAGUACUACAGAAACGUCGAGCAAGCGAGGCAGAGCAAUAAACUUCCGCCUGGAAUUGACUUUGAUGAAAAUGUGCCUCUUUAAGCUUAUACACACAUAAGAAGAAGAAAAAAACUUGCGUGAUUUUUGAAACGAUUUUUAUACUUAAACAGUUUUUAUUAGUCAAAAAUACAGUAUUUGCACUUAGAGAGUGUAAUCUAGCCAC